AUGGGAUCAGCGCAGGCACCAUUUUCACCCGAAUUCCCCGCCCUCGAUCCUAUCAUCAUGGACGACGAUAUGGAGUCCACCUUCCGCAACGCCAACAUGGACUUUUUGGACCCCACAAAGCUGGAAAUGUCAACAGAAAGUGCUGGAGGAGCCUUCGAUGACCUGUUCGCUCGAACCACGACUUCCCGAGCAAAUGGCGCCUCGGGGCCUGCGAAGUCAUACCAAGACCAAAACCCCCUGAGACAAGUCCCAGCUCUUUCAGCUGACUCGCCAGCUGAUUCGCCGGAUGAUUCAAGUCACAGCUCUUCCUCGGAAUCGCCACGAAAUCACAUGCGACAAACAUCGGUCGCAUCAACAACUUCGGCAGCACAUAGCGAGAAUCAUUUGGCUUCUGUCGGUUACUUGCAGGAGGAUUGGAUGCGUCCGGAACUCUCGUCAGUCAAGGAGGAAUCACCAUUCAAUAUUGAUCCUUCCUUUCCUAUGGAUGAUGCAUUUUCUAUGGAUCCAGAUCUGGAGGUCAGCAACAAGGCUAUGGACGCAGCCUUUGACUUCGAAAGUGCAGCGAGUAGCCCCAGUCCAUUGAAGACAGAGAACGGCUCUUUACCGAGACCCCAGAAACGUCCGAAAUCCCAACUUUGGAGCCCCUCGAGUAAUCAUACUGGUCUGCCGUCGACCGAUGCCGUUCCCGCGGCUCAUGCCCCAGGGUCUCCAUUUUUUGCUUUUGGACUUAAUGGCCAAUCGCCAUACGCAAACACAAUCCAUCAAGACAUGGAAAGAGCGGCCCCUCGAUGGGGCGGACAAUCUCCUUCGUCACUUCUAGAAGAAAGCUUCGGGGGCACUAAUAUGAAUCGCCAAUCACCUCUCAACGCUUCGCUAUCACCCGCCAUGAACUUUGGCUCUCCUCCCUCCUACGCAUUCCCUGUCAACUUCGCUUCCUCCCCGGCCCAACCCCAGAUGAACUCGAACCCUCUACAGCCUGUUCUCACCGUGCAUCCAACCUCUCUCAAAUCCCGUGUUGAAACCCAAAUUCCGAUCCGAUUGACCCUCUCCCCAUUGCCUACGGGCGUUAAGAAACUCCGCCUUCCCUCGCAUACUAUCUCAAAACUCAAAUUUCUUGCUCCUCCAGCCACUGAACCUUCCCGCGAUACCCUACAAUUGUACACGAGUCUAGUAUGCACCAGCGCGAUGCAAGACCGGGAAAAGAUCCAGCGGGCAUUUGCACGGACAAGAGGUGAUCACUACCAACCAACUUCUGAUGACGAACGUCCGUUGGAUGGAGGCGAUGUGAAAAUAUGCAGUGGAUGUAUACAACGAGAACGGAAACGCGCAUCACGGAAGAAGCAACGAAAGCCCGAGGAAGAUGAAUUGUUUCAAAAGGAUGAGGAAAAACGUGUCAUUGUGUUCAACACCAGUGAGAUCAAGGAAUGGACGGAACCACCGAAGAACGCCAGUGGCGGUUAUGGCGAUAGAGCAUCUGUUCCACCAGGUUCAAUGCAAGUGGAACUCCCGAUGCGAAUCGCGUGCUAUUGCCGCCACCAGAACGAGAAGCUCGGAUUCCAAGUCAUUUUCACUGUGAAGGAUCACUUGGACACUGUCGUCGCGCAAGCAAUUACCAAUUCGAUCAUGAUCACCGACGACCACAAAACCCAGGCUCCUUCCGCACCCGCGCCGACUGGCCCCUCACCCUCGCUUGGAGAUGGCACACAAGUACCAGGAGUCGGGGUGUUUUCCUCGGGCCAAAACAUUGAUUGUUUCACUGGACCUCAGUCGCCGACUGAUCUUCAGGGCCUACAACAAAGAUUCAAUUCGCAAUACCAGCUCACACCUAGUUCAUUCGCGGCAUCGGGCUCAGUCAAUGGAGGCUCUGUGACCCAGGCAUCCCGAAGCCUAUCUCGAGGAGCAUCCCCAUCUGAUUUCCAAGGACCACAGAGCAAACGGCGCAAGCAUAGUAGCUCUGGAAGGCUUCCAUCAGAACUGACGAUGACUCGACUCGAGACGCCUCAGUCAUCCGCAUCAGCCAUGGCCAAUGCGGCACAACUCGCGGCUGCCCGUGGAUUCGCUUCGCCAACGGAACGGCCAUUCGUAACACCGUCUUCCAUGUCAGGCCAGUAUGGUAAUGGUCCGCCUACCCCCAACCCAAAUAAUGACAAUAAUCCGUUCUUCAACCCUACUCCUGCCCAGCGACAAAGCUUGGAUAAUCUGGCGGGGGGAACAUUGACGUCAACGUCUAACUCCACUCAUCCCAGUCGUCCCGACACGCCUGGGGGCUCUAAUCGCAAUGGUUUCCAGGAUGCAAAUAUUCCUAUGGGGCUUGGUGCGAACUCGUCGAGCCAGGUUUGGCCCCCUCUAAGCAAUACUCCCAAUCGCUUGCCGUCGGUGAUUCACAAAUUGGUGCCCGCCGAAGGUUCCAUCACAGGAGGUACUGAGGUCACAUUGUUAGGCAGUGGAUUCUACCCUGGUAUGGAGGUUGUUUUCGGCGACACCCUGGCCACUACCACUACAUUCUGGGGUGACAAGUGUCUUAACUGCCUGACUCCCCCUGCUCUCCAACCAGGGUUGGUAUCUGUAGUAUUCAAGCAUGAGCACCCGACGUUUGGUCAAGUCCAGCAGCCGCAAACCCUCAUGCCCAAACAGCAACUGUUCUUCCGCUAUGUGGACGAUCGUGAGCUUCAAAUGUAUCGUCUAGCACUGAACAUUCUUGGACAGAAACUCGGCAGCCAAGCAGACGCAUUUCAUACAGCACAACAAAUCAUGGGAAGCGACCCAAACGCUUUCUUCAACAUGCAGGCCGACAUGCAAGGAUCAUCCUCUGGUGGUCAGCAACGGCAGGUGCCUGGUCAUGAAAACACAGGCAAACUGGGCGAUCUAGACUCCAAGAUGCUUACCUACCUAGAGUUCAUCGACUUGGAUAAUAGUCCCCGGCCGCCUCGGUAUAAUUCUCGUAGCACGACUGGCCAGACCCUUCUACACUUUGCGGCUUCAUUGGGACUUACCAGGUUCGUUGCUGGGCUUUUGGCUCGUGGUGCGAACCCCGACCUGCAAGACAACAUAGGCAAUGCGCCGAUGCAUCUGGCCGCACUCAAUGGCCAUGCUCACAUUGUUCACCGGCUGCGUCUGACGGGCGCCAACCCUAGCACCCGCAGCGUCAGGGGAUUCACUGCAGCAGACCUAGCGACAACGCUUCCUGCACACCAAGCUGCAUUGCUUCCCUCUCGCCAUUACCGUUCUCGCAGUGUUGGGUCUAUCACAUCACGUCGCCGGCAAAGCAGCUCGGCCUCGCUCAGCUCCAUGUGGGAAGUCUCUUCCGCCUCUGGGUCUCUUGAUCAUGCCGUUGAUGAUUCAGAGGAGCUGGAUGAUGAAGACUCUACUGACGACUCCGAUUCUGAGCCUCUCCAGUUCAGCUCUUCUCGUCGGUCUAGUAUGCACCAAGACACUAGUCCGCCUAUCAUGGAUACCAGUGAACAAGCUGUCGCACCUGUAAAUGCUCAGGCCUUUGCCCCGCCAGCGCCUCUCGUCGCAUGGCGCGACCAUCUUGCUCUCCAAAUCAAUCAUUUCCAACAGAGCGUGGCUAACGCCUUCCCAACCCUUCCCGCUCUUCCUCCAAUGCCUCCAAUGCCUGCGAUGCCCGCGAUGCCCGCGAUGCCCGCUCUUCCAGACUACCAAGGACAGGGAAUGAUGCGCCGCAUCACCAACCUUGUCCCCCACCGACCUGCUGCUCGGGAUGGCUGGUGGGAUUACUUGAAGGGCAACUCCACGCCCAAUCCUAAUCAGCCUCCUUCGUACGACGAGUUGUUCCCCCACCCUGACAUGACCAACGAGUCCGACAUGAAGAAGUCUAGUUUGCUCCGUGCAGCAACGGAGGCAGCUAUUGAUCAACACUUCGAGGCCCAGAGCAGUGCUGCCGCUGCUGCUUCGGUCACAGCCGCGGCCACGGCUUCAGCCUCGGGCUCUUCCGCGCCCGCACUCGCUCACAUGGAUAAUGAUGAAAUCAAAGACAUCACCAUUGGGCGUAAGGUCAUCUCGCGCGAACAGCAAAAACACCUUCGAGAGCAACAGGCUCGACGAAUGAAGGGCCUCGGCAGUGACCGAAAUCUGUACUUCAUCUGGAUUCCACUUCUUAUUCUCGUUAUAUGCGCCUGGGGUCGAAGCUAUGCCCCCGGGAUUUGGCAAGGCGUCACGGACAGCUUUGAAUUUGUGAAAGCUCGCUAUACACAGCCGGCUGUGGAAGUGGGUAUUUAA